CAAAGUUAUUUUAUUGCCUUCUUGAAUGGCUAAUGGUCAUUCCGACCAAUCUUUUUACAGAUACAGAAUUAUGCCAAUUAGUAUUUGAUGUGAUUGACAUGGCACUUGAAGCCCCGGGUUCUGAUUCGCCAAGAAUCUAUAGAAAACAUUGUACAAAUUUAUCAAACAAAGGAAGUGGAAAAAAUAGAGACCGAGAUAGCAAUGUGAGAUUUAAGAAAGCAGAGAGAAAAGUUGCUUCGGGCUCAACUUUUGAUAAUGAACAGAAUAUUCACGUAGUUGGAGUAGAAAAUGAUAUAGAGGAUGCUAAUUUUGUCAAAGAAGUUGCAGAAUAUGUGCUAUUACAUUUAACACACCAUUUGGAUAACUUUGCACCUCUUCAUGGUCCUGCAAUGAUGAAUAG